AUGCUUUGUGAGUGUAAUCGUACUCCGUUAGAUUACGCAGAAGCGGAGAGGGAGCUAGUGAGCGGUUUAAGAACUGAGUAUUGUAAUGUUCCAUUUACUUGUCUUUUUGCUUGUGAAUAUCUUAUAAUGUUUAUUUUUUCCUGGUUAGGUUCAGUUCUGUUUUUCGGGGGGGAUGUUGUUAUUUGGGUUGGUUUGCUUCAUGUGGUUUUUUUUAUCUGGGCUCGUGCUACUCUUCCUCGAGUGCGUUAUGACUAUUUUAUUGAGUUUAUAGGAUAUGAGUGUGGGUUUUUGUCCCAGGGUGUGGUAGAGAAAUAUUUUAGUUAUACUUAUUUUUUUCUUUUGGUUUUCUUUGUUAUUUUCGAUCUGGAGAUUUCUUUAUUGUUGAAAAUGCCUUUUGAGGGUCUGCUUUUUAAGAAUUUACCGUACUAUGUGUUUUUCCUUUGUAUUCUGGCUGUUGGGUUUGGUAUCGAGGUGAGAGGUGGAUUUUUGGGCCUGGGGCUUAGGUUUCUUAUACGAGUUAAUUAUUUUGAUCCUUAUUUUAAUAUUGUUUCUCCGGAUGUUUAUAAUUAUAUUGUUACGAGUCAUGGGAUAGCUAUGAUCUUUUUCUUUUUAAUGCCUGUUCUUAUUGGUGGGUUUGGUAAUUAUUUAUUGCCCUUGUUGUUGGGUUUAUCGGACUUGAAUUUGCCCCGUUUAAAAGCGUUGAGUGUUUGGUUGUUGGUUCCUUCUGCCGUCUGUUUUAGUCUGAGGAUGUAUGGUGGAGCUGGUGUAGGUUGA